AUGCGAGAGCGGGGGAGGGACGCGGCCAAACUUUCCGCGGAGCAGAAAGGCAGCGGCGGCCGUGCUGCCGCCCCGGCCUGCUGCCGUAUUUUAGAUAUCCCCUGUAAAGUGUGCGGCGACCGCAGCUCGGGGAAACACUACGGGGUCUACGCCUGCGACGGCUGCUCGGGGUUUUUCAAACGGAGUAUCCGAAGGAAUAGGACGUAUGUCUGCAAAUCUGGAAACCAGGGAGGCUGCCCGGUGGACAAGACGCACAGAAACCAGUGCAGGGCGUGUCGGCUGAAGAAGUGUUUGGAAGUCAACAUGAACAAAGAUGCGGUGCAGCACGAGCGGGGGCCUCGGACGUCCACCAUUCGCAAGCAGGUGGCUCUCUACUUCCGUGGACAUAAGGAAGAGAACGGGGCGGCUGCGCACUUCCCCUCCGCAGCGCUGCCCGCGCCAGCCUUCUUCACCGCAGUCACGCAGCUGGAGCCGCAUGGCUUGGAGCUGGCCGCCGUGUCCGCCACCCCGGAGCGGCAGACUCUCGUGAGUCUGGCUCAGCCCACGCCCAAGUACCCCCAUGAAGUGAAUGGGACCCCAAUGUAUCUGUAUGAAGUGGCCACAGAGUCAGUGUGUGAAUCAGCUGCCAGGCUUCUGUUUAUGAGCAUCAAGUGGGCUAAGAGUGUACCAGCUUUCUCCACGCUAUCUUUGCAGGACCAGCUGAUGCUUUUGGAAGAUGCUUGGAGAGAACUGUUUGUUCUAGGAAUAGCACAAUGGGCCAUUCCGGUUGAUGCUAACACUCUACUGGCUGUAUCUGGCAUGAAUGGUGACAACACAGAUUCCCAGAAGCUGAACAAGAUCAUAUCUGAAAUACAAGCUUUACAAGAGGUGGUGGCUCGGUUUAGACAACUCCGGUUAGAUGCUACCGAAUUUGCCUGUCUAAAAUGCAUCGUCACUUUCAAAGCUGUUCCUACACACAGUGGUUCUGAACUGAGAAGUUUCCGGAAUGCUGCUGCCAUCGCAGCCCUUCAAGAUGAGGCUCAGCUAACCCUCAACAGCUACAUCCAUACCAGAUAUCCCACUCAACCCUGUCGCUUUGGAAAACUCCUGUUGCUUUUGCCAGCUUUACGUUCUAUUAGUCCGUCAACGAUAGAAGAAGUGUUUUUCAAAAAAACCAUCGGCAACGUGCCAAUUACAAGACUGCUUUCAGAUAUGUACAAAUCCAGUGACAUCUAAGCUCUGAGUCCCCACUUUUCAGGAUGGGACAGUAUCUGAUGAACUUCUACCCACGGAGAAUAAGCCUCAACUAACAAACCCUUCAGGAAGCAUAAACCUGGGAAUGUGUAGCCUUCAGGAAAAAAAAAAUGCCAAUUGACACAAAACAGUUCCAGUCGCUUUGACCUGCUGCCUCAGCCAGGGUAGGGCAGCCUGGGAAGGAAAGGGGUUGUCACAGGACCACCCGAGCAGAGCCACGCCCUGGGAAGGGGGGCUGAAUAGUAGGGAGGUUGCCACAGGCCAUGCCAUUCUGCUUCUUACUUGGAAGAUCAGGCUGAACUCUCAAAAGCUGAAACAUCGGUAGAACUUUCUUUUCCUUUUUAGCAGAUAAUGUUGGGUAACCAAAUAUAGUUCUGUAUAUAACAUCAGACAGCAGCCUUCAGAACUAUUUUAUGUUGGAGAAAUUAUUUUAAAAAUAAUGGUUAGGUCUUAAAUCAAAAGUUUUAUCAAAAGUUUUUCUUCUAUCGUAAUACAUCAUGAAGUGGCCUUCAGAACCGAGUUAGUGAAUGAAAGGUAGCUUAUGCCGUGAGACUUGCUUUUCUCUAUCUUUUUUCUUUCCUUUCUCUUUCUUUUGUUUUUCUCCUUCUGCUUCCCCUCCUUCCCCUUCUUCCCCUCUCCCCCCCCCCCUCUCUUUGAUACCAUAGGCCAGGCAACCUUGUCAAAGGAAUUGGUGGACGAAAAGGAGACUCUCACCAAGACUUCAGGUUGGAUAACAUCUCAAAAAUAGAAGAGCUUUACUAAAAGAACGCAAAUUGAGGGAGGAUGAAUUAAAACAGCCAAACCAAAUAAAGUGGAGAUGGAUGAUGAGGCAGAUUGCUGUCCCGUUAACAAAGUGCUGCGACCAAAGGCAAUGGGGGUCCGAACUCGUGUCUCAGUCAGUCGCACCAGAGAGUAAAUGAACAGAGACAUGAUGCCAGAAGGAACCCCAAGGAGAUGGAGGCUAAAAGCUUUCUUGAUUGAUCCGAUGCUAACAGCCUGAGACUCUUCAAUGCCUUUCAGAAAACCGGUUUCUAGUAAAGCCUUGAAUGCGCGCAUGCACGCACACACGCGCACACACACACACACACACGCGCACACACACACACACACACACACACACACACCGUCCUACACUAUAAGCUGCUCCUUUGGUAUGAAUCUAUACUUAUGGAAAUGUAGAAACAAACAUUUUAAAAUAGCUGCUGUACUUUUCACAUUUUGAUUUAUUAGGUACUAGCACUGAGGAAAAAUAUUCAGCACUUGGACUAUCAUAGGAUGAGUAAAACUUUUCUUGUACAAAGUGAAUUAACUGAUUUGUGAAGUUAAAAGGUUGUACUCAUUGUAUUUACAAAGAAUAAAAAUAUAUUGGAUUUAAAGGAACUCUACCUGAUUUCUUAGCCUCCCUCCCUGGCUGGUUCUCACCCACCAGAGAAAAGGUGGCAGCAGCAGCUGGUGUAAAAACUGAAGCUCAGAGCACUCCAGCCUGAAGAACCGAACCACAAAGGCAAUUUCCUUUUUACAGUGAAUCCCAUUUGUAAAAUGAUGAAUAAAGAAAUAAAACAUAA